UCAGGCUGCUGGGACAAGCAGAGAAGUAAAUGUGACACUUCAGAACCACUCAGGUGAACCAGUAAUAUCUACUCGGAUUCCAAAUGUAUGCUACACUGGAGGAAAAUUUCCUAAAAGUAACAAGGAACCAAGGAUUGUGCGACAAAGCUUACCGAGAGCGAUUGAGGGUAAAGUGGUGGUGUCUUUUAAUUAAGUUGUUCAUGUGUUUCCUUUUUUCACUUGUUUGUAUUGUAUUGUAUUUCCUCUGGCAGCUCCAAAGAGAGAAGAUGGACUCUGAUUUACGAACUGUUGGCAACGAAAAUGAAGAUUUGAAGAGGGAGAAUGAACGGUUGAGAUCAGAGAAAGAUAUGAUGGAUCAAAGUCUGCAAGAGAGAGCAACUGAGAACCAGAGACUACAGAAUGAAAUAUGUUGUUCGAGUGGAAAGAUUAGUCAGCGACAAGUUCUUGUAGAUGCAUUUUCACGUAAGCUACUGCUUCCAAAUCAUGCGGAUCGCCAGCUUUUAAUGCUUAGACAAGAAACAGCUUUACUGCAUGGAAAUGUCACCUGGAAUGAUCAAAUGGAAGAGCAGAAACUACUUUUGGAACGAAAAAUCAAUUUGGAACAUCAGAGCAGAUCCCUGAAAAUUCAAGUUCAAGCUCAGUGCGAGAUGAUCUACAACGAGAAGAACCAUCAAGAGAGACAACUAUGACCGGGUAUAUUUCUUUUUUACACCCC